AUGCAGCCGAACGCAUAUCCUCCGCGUCAGUACUCAUGCCUCGCGUGCGGGGCGGCGCGAAGCUCGCGCGUGUGCGGAACAUGUCUGAAGAACGGGCAGAGCCUCACGGGCCUCCUUGGCUUCUGGCAGGAGCGCGAACGUUUACGGCGGAAGUUGCUUGACGCGAGACGUCUUGAUCACAUUAUCAAAGCGCAGGAAGAGCGGCAGGCGCGCAAACGUCGGCUACGACAUCGGAGAGAGACGCUCGAGCACGAACUGCAAACGGCACGCGACCACGUGAAGAGACGGAGAGAUGCAGCAGGGAAGAACCUGGCACUCGCUGGCCGCGAGGUCUCCAGGUUGCUGCGCUGGGGAGCCGACCACCAGAGGUACCACACUCUGGACGCAAAGCGUCACACGUGUUGCUUCGCGGUCGCGAGCACCGAGCAGCUUCGCGUCGCUGCGCUCUUGCUCCGCGACGUCUGCAUCAUCUUCAGGCCGACAGUCGCCGCCCGCAAGGACUGGGCGAUGCCAGCUGUCACCAGCGUUCAAGGGUGGCGAAUACCGGCCCUAGACGGCCUACAGGCUGUCAGUGAUGCGCAUGGCCUCUCGGCUGCCCUGGGUUUUGUGGGACAUCUGCUGCAGGCGCUCCAGCUCAUCCUCGGCCCUCCGUGUACAUCAUGCGUGUUGUAUCGCGGUUGUCAGUCGUCGAUCGUACGCACGGCACAGUUUGCUGACUUGUUCUGUCUUCCUUUCGCAAGCGACUCGCGAGGACACGCCGCACAGCAGUGGGCCAACUUCGAAAACCAGCCAGGUGACGGGCUCGGGGCACCGGCAACGAGCGAGGUGAUGCAGGCAGGGCGUCCAAGGAACAUGCCGCUGUAUAUUUCCGGCGCCGAAAACAUCAGCGAGACACUGAGCGGCGCGAAUCCUUCACGGGACGAGUGGCGCCACCACGAGUUGAGAGCUGCGCUCGGCUGCUUGCACCGCGCCGUGCUGGUCACAAGUGCAUCCCAAGCACACCUGUGUGGCACUUUGUACCUGCCGCCUACACGACCGCCGACCGAAAUUCUUCUGCGGCUGCUGCACAAACUGUGCAUGAACGGGCGUUCGACAUCCUGCGACGCGUACGCAGCGGGAACCAGAUCCAACGUCCACCCCGUCGCGCCGGCAGGACCCCCGAAGAACGCCCUUCCAGGCAGUCCAUCAUCGCCAGUCCUGCACGUGAGUCUCGUUGGAUUGCGCAUUCCCGAUGCAGAGCGUUUCUCUAGCCGAACUACGCGUCGCCCAUUCCACGCUCACGUUCUUGCAGCAUCCGCCAUCACACCGCUUCGGGACGGCAUUCUCUACCGAAGCAAGCGCCUGGGGGCCAGGGCUCCCGUCCGAAAUAGCGUGCUCGGACCCCAAACUUCGUCUCGACGGUCUCGAUGUGUGGGCGAUGAGCAGUCAGGCCUAUCGCAAGUGUCGGGCCGGCGGCAGUUCGGCCCUUGUCACGGCGUGUCAGUGGCGAGAAGCCGAGGCAUGGGACGAAGAUGUCGAAUUCGACGGCGUCGUGCUGGUUCCGAAGCAUGUCCUGCCGCCGCAGCCGAUGCAGGAGGAUGA